UCAUGUAAAAUAGAUGACGGCUACUGGUUUUACGCACUCAUUGUAAAUAUCACUUUCACUUGUCGUUCGGGUCAACUUGAAUCUAAGAUUGUCAUAGCAACCAUGAAGUCCAUACUGUGUGCAGUGGUUAUAUUAUAUAUAACAUUAGUGAGUUGUACAAUCCCGGAUAUUUACAUGACCUGUGAAAAGUAUGAAUCCAAAGGGUUAUCUCAGUUCUUGGGUGAACCGUUUCGCUGCACUAAUUUCAAGGACCCCUUAAGAGAAUGCUUAGAACCACGUCUAGUGUGCGACAGUAGAGUUGACUGUGAAGAUGGCUCUGAUGAGGACGCCAUCAUAUGUAAAGCAGAACAUCAAGAAUACUGUGCCGAGGGUUUUGAAAAUAAGGCAAUAAAUGGAUGGAAAUGUGCUGAUGACAUGUGUGUAGAAGAAUGUCGUCUAUGCAAUGGGGUUAAAGAUUGCGUUGAUGGUUCCGAUGAAUUAGACUGCACAAAGAUUAAUCUUGACAAUUGUACAAUGUAUCAUGUAUCACCACAGCGUGGUGUGAUCCUCGACUAAAACUGUUUUGUACGAGAGACCAUUUCAAACUUUUAGGCCAAGCGAAAAAAAAAGUUUCUGGUCAAAAAUGAUGAGAUUUUGUUUCUUCUAAAAUAUAUGAUGGGUACACAUUGUGCAUAUUAGGGCAGUGGUUAAAAAUCACCUCGCACUUUUUUGGUAGUGUGCCAUGCUGACCAGAAACUUUUUUCGGGGUUCUUAGAAUAGCUAUGCAAUAUACUUCAGGCUACUGUACUAUUUCACAUUUCCUUCACUUAUAAAAUUUUUUAUAUUUUCUACAAAAAAGUCAGAAUAAUUCUUAGUUUAUUUCUAAAAUUUCAUUGAGGUCUUGAGACUAGUAUGAGAAAUAAGAAAAUUUUAUGAUGCUCAGAAUGUUGAUAAUUUCGGUUUCCCAUUUGAUUGUUCAGUUUUCAUGUUCGUGUUUUGGCACGCAUGGAUUCAACAAAGAUUCAUCUCCAUUCCAAAUUACCAUAGUAAUUCAGAAUCCAGAGAAUCAUCAAAUAUUUCUUGUUAUGUGUGAAUAUUCAUAUCAUUAAACAUGUCAAAGAGUCAAGAUCAAAAAAGGUUUAGGAAUAGUAUCAGAGUGAAACAAAAAUAAAAGUGUCUGAUCAACUUGGUUAGGUUACUGAGCAUUUAGUGAACAAAUGAGUGAACACUGUACAUACUGUAUUCAGUUUUCCAUGGAGCUCUGAACACGUCAUUUGAACAGCAUUCUGGCCAAUAGUUUAGCAGCAUUGCAGCUCAUCUUAAAUUUCCAACAAUCAACAUGUUGUUGUCAGUAAAAAUCAGAAAACACUUAUACUGAGAGAAAGAGCUGGCCAUUGUUUUAUAUCAUUUGGUACAUUUAAAACAGAGAAAAAUUUAUAUAAAACAUAAAGCCGCAUGAUCAAUGCACAAUGUCAGACUAUUAUUGGAAGACUGCAAGCAUACAAUACCCUGAUAAAGCAAUCAUAACUGGUGAUGUGCUUUUAAUAACUAGAUAGUAAAACAUGCACGAAUAAUCAACUAGUAGAUAUAAAAUUUCAAAAAUCAUUUUUAAUAAGUUUGUACAUAAUUUUCCAUGUAUAAAUAUCAAUCUAUAAUCUACUUUCAGGAAAUCAUGAUUUUUGAUGGUGACAAUAUAAUUGCAUGUAACGAAAACUAAUGGAUGCAAUCAGUUAAUUUAAGGAUUUCAUGAACUCACAUCAUGUCUGAAAGUUGUGAAAAUGUGCAACUCUGAAAUGCCUUUUUCUGUUUUCAAAGUCUUUCAAAUUUGUCAUUGUCUUUCGAUUUGAUUUUUUCAUGUGCACAUUUUUAACUGACAUGAGCAAUGAUCUGAACAAUUAUUUGGAUGUGUACAAGUUAAGUUUUUUCAGGGGUGACAGGGAUGGACAUUUUUUUUUCAUGAUUCCUACAUUGACAGUAGUGAGAGAAAGGUACGAAAGUGUCACCAACAUUCUCAUCCAUCUGUGUCAACCCUUGCAAACAAUACCAUGUACCUAGAGUGAACAGAGAUUCUUACAGAGUUACAAAGCUUUCUAAGAUUGCUGACGUUAAAGAUUGAUUUGCAUAUUUGUACUUACCGGUAUUCAACAUGUAAAAACAACAUAAUUUAAAUAUCUUUUUCAAAUAAAGCAAACUUUUGUA